UUAUAGAUCUCAUCACCUACUCACUCGGAUAGCGCUUGAGCUCUAGCUGCUUUUUCUGCUAAGCAGCGAUAUGUCCACUCCAGGUAUACUUCGACAGGAAAAGCCAUGCGUAGCUUGCAAGACGAGCAAAGUCAAAUGUGACUAUGGUUCACCAUGUGUCCGUUGCGAGAGGAGAUCGAUCCCGUGCACGUACGCUUUCAAUACGGAUGGUCGGAUCAGACGAUAUCAUAAACGGUCCACCGCGGGCUGUGUUUGCUGCAAGACUCGACAUGUGAGGUGUGAUGAGAAACGACCGAUCUGUGGAAAUUGCACCGUCAGGGCAGAAGAGUGCGUCUACCCUCCACGUGCGAACAAGGGUGCGACCAGAUCUCGAACGAGAUCAGCCUCUCCUCGAGCGAGGCAGUCCUCCAAUGCAUCUGAAUUCGAGGACAUUAGACGUCCUCGGGUGAGCCGGGCAUGCAUCGAAGCUACAAAUCUGUCCAGACCACAGGAGAUCAUGUCGGUGACACCAGUCGAGGAUCCCUCUACCUUUCUUCCUCAUGCAACUCCGUCAGGGUAUCACCGUCAGCCAUCGUCUACUGGACUGGAAGGAGUCUCUGUCUCCCGAUCAUCUCGCGAUCACCAGGUCGAGCACUACCAAUACCCACUCGUUGCGCAACCUUGCGCAAGUGUCCCGCAAGAGUUUGACUCGGCUGUGCAGCUGUAUGGCCGUUCGGCCUUAACCUCCAACGCGAUGGCGCCUGGACCUUCCAGGCAGCCACGUCACCGGGACGAUCAAUCUCUCGUGCAUGUCCCGACAUUCGGGCUCGACUUUGCCCAGAAUGACGCACGUUUCUCGUUGCUCGACGACGACCUUGACCCUCGUCAGCCCAACCAGCACGAAGGAGGGGACCCCAGUCCGGCUGUGGCGGUUCUGCCGAUUCUAUCUCGUAAUCUCUUCAACACAUCGAACCCCCCUGAAGCGAGACAAUCGACGGUACCGCAGUUCGGACCCUCUCCACUGCACCCGUAUGCGGGUACGGGUGCGAGGCAGACAGCUCAUGAAGCGUGGAUGAAAUCGCUAUGGAUAAAUGGAGAACUAACUCGGAUGCCCAAGAUGACCAGGACAAUCGAUGUGGACAAUCUCGAGGGCUUCUUCCCGAAUACCGAACAGCGGCAUCAGUUCAAGCACUUCACGACGCAUACCUGCAAUAUCAUCUUGACCAUCCCCACGACAGCGACAUGUAAUCCCUGGUUGAACCUCUUCGUUCCCCUCGCCUUAUCAUACCCUCACGGCACAUCCCUUACGUGCGAUGCUUUCCGUCUAGGUAUCCUCAGUAUCGCCACGUUCGACAUCGGUUUCCGCAUGGCAAAAGCGCAAGGCGAAGGUGCCAAACAGAACGAUAAUGCAAUGUACGAACUGAGCCGGGCUCAACGGGGCAGAGCGUUGGAGCUUUUAAGGGUCGCCAAGAUUGCGGGACACUUGGAACCGGAAAAGGCGGGAUCAGUGGAGAUGGACAUGAGUUUAGGAGCGGUGUUGAUGCUGUCCAUCCGCGAUAGGCUCGCUGGCCAUACUGAAUGGAUGGAUCCGAUGGACUUGGCAGUCCGCCUGAUCAACAGUAUGGGGGGACCAAACACAUUCCUCAAUGCGCGGUAUUCGCAGGAGAGAAGGUUUAUACUGGAACAGACCGUUACCGUCGAGAUUAUCGCCUGUCUGUCGGUCCUGACACCGACCAGGUUGCUACGCCGUGAUCAAGCUUGGUUUUUAACACCCUUUCAAGCUGAUGAGACUGGACACGACCAUAUCGAGCUCGUUUAUGGCCUCGACAGGGAUACACUAGCGUACAUUGCCGAGGGCCUGUAUCUUUCCGACAUCAAACGCUCGGUCGAGAUACUCCGAGUCAAGGCCAAGGACAUGAAGGGAUAUCCUGAGUUCCAUCGGGCUUUGCUCGAAAGAGAACAAGAAAUGCAGGCAUUCGGACAGACACUCUUGGACAGAGUCGGUGCGUUGAGGAUGUCGACCCUGAUGACACCGCACCACACCCGAGUUGUCGUUGGCAACCUCUUGUUUCAGGCGUUCAUGGAACUAUGGAUCGUUGCCGAGAUUGUGGAAGAUCCUUUCAAUAGCCCAAGGGUACAGGGUGCGGUGGACGCCAUCUUUGAGAUCGUUACGGAAGCCAUGAGUCGGGGCAUGUUUACUGGCUUUCUCCUACCGUGCUCCUGGGCAGCGACGUUCGCAGCGACCAAAGAAUCCCGCGAAAGAUCCACCCGCAUCCUCGAUCUCCUCAAGCCUGGCUACCACCUCGACUACGACUUGACGACCCGUCUGAUUCAGGUCAUCUGGACGAAAUUCGAUCUCGAAGAAGGGCAGAGUUGGACCAAUUGUGGGCCCGCGACGGGAAGUGAUCUUGCCAUGGGCAAAGACUCUGGUGGGCAAUUGAUGAGCUAUGAGGGCUGGGAGAGUUUCAUGAAGGAGGAAGGCCUGUAUGUGCCGAUCUUUUGAGCGCGUCUUGGUUGUAUCCGUGUAGUACGUGGGCGUUUCAGAUUGACAUACCCAUUUCGGUUGCACCGCGGAUGAUCGACAAUGCCGCCGAGACUUGCGGUACUCUUGAUGCUUCGUCAGAUCCGGAAUCGCGGGGCGCGGACGCGAACGGAUUCGGGCUUGGCGGUCUCGUCGUCGUCUGCGAGUUGGUCCGGAGAUGACGAUGCUUGUAGGGCGAUCGAUAGAUGAUUGUGUCUGAACGAGGGG